AUGAUUGCCAUUUUUUCUGCAUGCAUAGUUCGAACUGUUGAAAAGAUUGAAUAUGUACCAUCACAUAUUAAGUUUUCGCAAUUAGUGCGUAAUUAUCCGAGUACUCUUCAUUGUCCUUGUUCAAAAUUUGGUAUUACUUAUGAUACAUUUGUGACAAUUCAAAUCAACUUUCAUCAAGUUUGUUCAAGUCAGUUUAUUCAACAAACAUGGAUUGAUUCAAUAUUCAAUCAACAAAAUAUGUUAUCUUUAUCAUCCGAUGAUUUUCGUAGAACUCUUAGUCUUUUUUGGCAAGUAAUCGCUAGCUUUUGUAUGAUGAACAAUAGAACAUGGAUUGAUACUGUAACAAGUUUUGAUGCAUCACGAAUUCUUAGUCCAAGAGCAACUGCCGAAGAAGUUGUUCGAAAUCAAGUUCAAGCAGAUCUCAAUAAUUAUAUUAUUUUGGCUCAAGCAACAUUUGCUCGUAGUUUACUUGCCAUUCGUCGUACAACAAGUGCAAAUCAAAUUAUUUCAGCUUUAGCAACUAAUUUCUAUCUUCAUUAUUUACCAACAGAUUUAGAUUCAUCGGAAUCUCCAAAAAUGUCACCACGUAUAUUUAAUAAUUGUUCCUGUUUGAAUAUUGCAGGCUGUCCACAUCCGGCUACUUUUAAUGAUAAUUACAAUCAUAUAGUUACAAUACCAGGACUGUUAGAUGAUUGUUUAAUUAUUGAUGGUACACUUUCUUCUACACUUGAAUGCUACUAUAAUCAAACAUGUCUUUCUCUUUUACAUCCAUCAUUGACCAUAGAUGUAGAACCAUUAAUAAACACUAGAAACAAAUAUUUUAUGGUAAAUUCGACUGUGCAAAUGCUAUUAGAUAAAAUAAUGAUUGAUGAAAUGAUAAGUGAUAUUCGAUUUGAUUUAUAUUAUUCUCAAUGCAAUCCUGCUUAUUGUUCUUAUUCAUAUACACAUCGUUUCGAUGUUCUCUUUAUUAUUACUACAAUCAUUGGUAUCUUCGGUGGUCUAUCAUUUGCAUUACGAUUUAUUUCACCUUUUGUUGCAGCAAUAGUAUUACGAUGGAAAAAUAGACGUGUAUUUGAGGAUAAUGUAGAACAUGUAAUGCCUACGCAACAACAUCAAUGUAAGUUAAAACUCCCUUUUUGA